CGAAUGGAAAUGAAAGACUACAUUCCCCAUGUGCCUGUCUAACCGCAACUCCGAUUAUUAUCCUGUCAGAACGUCUGUGUUGUUGUUGUUGAUGAUGAUGGUGGCGGCAGUGUAGAUUGUGACGGAGCAGAUCCACACUGUGUGCAGCUAACUGAAAGACCUUCUAUUGUGCGCCUUUUACCGCCGCAGACAGCUUUCGUUGUAUAUCCGCCGCAGAGUAAGACGGGGUGGGGGCAAGAUGUCCGAGAGCUCAAGUGACACGGAGUCUUCUUGUGGAUGGACCAUCAUAAGUAAUGAGGGUUCAGACAUUGAGACCCUAGGGCCGGAAAAUGGAUCUGAUGGGGGCCCUGAAGUCGGAUGUGACACUGGAACUGAAGCUGGACCUGAUGUUGCUGAUUCCUCUGCUGCUCCAGAGCAGGCAGAACUAGUUGAGUGUAGUGAGGAGCUGUCUCCUGAAUCCACCCUAAAGGAGGAGGUGUUAGAUGAGACACAACCUGUUUCAGAGGCUGGAGGAGAAGUGGUGGCGGAGGAGCAGGUGACUCUAUCCUCGUCCAGCGAUCACUCGGACAUCAUUACGCUGGAGCCGUCAAAGAUGGAGGAGCAGGCUGAGGCGGAGGUGGAGGAGGAGUCUGUAGGACCUGAGGAGCUCUACCUGGGCACCUCCUCCAGCAGCCAGUACGCCUUCAGCGCAGCAGAGAGCACCUUGUUCCUGGCGUCUCCUCCCGUGGGAGACUCAACCAGCAGUGAGGAUGAAGGGGCGGAGCAGCCGAGUCCGAUCCUGAGGAGACGCAGAACGAGGAGGAGCACGGCCACCGUGUCUGAGACGGAGGAGAUGCAACCACAAGGACAGCAGGAGCCGCAGGGGCAGCCCGAGCCGCAGGAGCCCCAUGUAGCGCCUCUCCGUGGCCAAGUCAGCGGCACCCUCAACAAGUGCAUCUUAUUGGCCUUAGUCAUUGCCAUCAGCAUGGGCUUUGGUCACUUCUAUGGGAAAUUUGAAGGGACAAUGCAGAUUCAGGAGAGACAGAAGAUUGUCGAGAAGUUCAGAGUGAGCGAGCUGACAGAUAUUAAAGGGGAUUUGCAGCAAUGCCAGAAGGAACAAGACGUCAUUGUAAAGAACCAGGAAGUGGUUCAGCGACUGCGAGAGGACCUAGAGGAAAAACACAGCAUGCUGUUGUCCCUCACAGGCAUUAUGGAUAAAAUAACUAAAGAGAACCAGCAGCUCAAAUUGAAACAGGCUGAGUUACAGGCUGAGAAGGAAGACCUCUCAUUACAUUUGAAGCUCACAGAGGAGGAAAAAGCUGAGAUGGAAUCUCACCAGACACACCUGGCAACUGAGAACCGACACCUGAAGAGUUCACUGGAGCGUGAAGAGGAAUCUGUGUCCACACUGCAGGAGGAACUGCGAAACCUCCGUGCACAGAUCAGGAGCCUGGAGGAGAAGGGGGCAGGAGCAGAUUCCAUUUUAUCUGAAAACCAGAGGCUGAAAGACCACCUGGAGGAUGAGAGGCAGCGUAUCCGCAGCUUCCUCAGCCAGAAGGAGGCGCUGAUGGCUGAAGCUCAGAUGCUGCGACGGGAGCUGGACAAGGAGCGGAGGGUGACAGACCGACUAAAGGAGGAGGUGGCACAGCUAAGCAGCAGGAGUGCCAGGGCUGGAGGGACAGCUGACACAGAAACCAAAGAACUGCAGGCUCGUCUGAUGGAGCUUGAGAAGAAGCUCAACUUUGAGCAACAACGGUCUGACUUAUGGGAAAGGCUGUAUGUAGAGACCAAGGAAGAGAGGACGAAAGGAGACAAUGAGCUGAGGGUAAAGAAACCCAAGGAAGGUGUGAUGAGCAAGGUGAAAGAGACUUUUGAUGCCGUGAAGAAUUCCACAAAAGAAUUUGUGCAUCAUCACAAGGAGCAGAUCAAGAAAGCCAAAGAAGCUGUCAAGGAGAACCUUCGGAAGUUCUCGGACUCCGUGAAGUCCACCUUUCGGCAUUUCAAGGACUCGGCCACACACAUGUUUGACAAGGCACGGCGUCCUCACCAGAGGAGAUUCCACGAGAGGAAGGAUGCCAGAGCUGAGCGCUGUGAGAAGCAGCAGGAAUGUCCUGGACAUCUCAGACAUAAGAACUUGGAUGAGAAGUCCUGGCCGCAAAAGCCCCUGCAUCGGCACCCAAGAAAAGCUACAGUUGAUAGCUUUGAGGAAGGUUCUAACACGCGGAAGCCAGGGGCCAAAGUCCUGGAGAAUACAGAACAGGGACCUUACAGGAGUACAGCCAAAGGGUGCUCUGGUGUCUUCGACUGUGCCUACCAAGAGUCAAUGAGCCUCUUCAAUAAAGCUUUGGAACCCAUCCGGGCUGAUGAGUUCAACCAGCUGAUCCACAGCUACCUCCAGCAAGAAGUGGAUCACUUCCACCACUGGAGGGAGCUAGAGAGUUUCAUCAAUGGUUUCUUUCACAACGGUGUGUUCAUACAUGAUCAGAUGUUGUUCACAGACUUCGUCAGUGGAGUGGAGGACUACCUGGAGGACAUCGAUGAAUACCAGCGCUAUGACAAUGAUGUGUUUGAGGAUCUUGAUGACUAUGUCUACAGACACUUCUUUGGAGAUACUUAUUCAAAACAGUAUGGCCCAAGCAGACCCUUUGAAAGGCCAGUAUCAAAGGUCAGUAAGGAGGACAGGGAGCCCAGGCACCGACAGCAGCACAAGCACCUGCGGGUUCAACCCCGUCCCCAGGCCGAGAGGAAGUGGAGCAGGCCUGGGCGCACCUCUGGGAGACAUGUGGCAAAUGUUAAGAUAGAGCUCGGCCCAAUGCCGUUUGAUCCAAAAUAUUAAAGUAACACUUAGCUAAUGAAACCAUUUUUAUGAUGUCUUAAUAUAAAUUUUUAUUGUUGCUGUAGUUGAUAUUAUAGCUGUAUUUGAAGCAAAGAUAUUUAAUUUCUUGGUUUUUUGCACAUUUUUUCUUUUAAAAAAUGGGUUUGAGAUUGCAGCUCUAAUGCUUCUUGAAUGGUUUCCUUUUGUGUGUCAUUACUAGAUGAGGUUGUCCGUUAUCUUUAUUUUCUUGAUAAGUGGUGUGCACACAGCAAAAAAAGAGACGUUGCAAUAUUGUUCUGUAAAUUAUUGACAUUAAGGUUAAUAUAUUAAUUUGCCUUGUAGGGAAUAUUCUUGAUUCCUAAUUUUCUU